CAGUCCUAUAUAAGCUUAAUGCCUUAUAUCAACUACGCGACCAGCUAAAAUGUAGCCGAGCCCCGCUAGGCAAUGUGUUCUAAGUUCAGAGCUUAAGCUAAGGCAGCUACAAUUAGGAGCUGGAUGCCUCUGGUUCCGUUACCUGAGCAACUCUUAUUGCGAAAACGGAAAAGUUGUCUUUGGGAGGAAUGGAAUCAAUGAACGAUAUAAUUGAUUCGCAAGCCUUCAGCCACCAGCAGUUGGUCGUGGAAACAACUGAAUUCAUAGGCCAUGUCGGACAGGUGGCAACACAGAAACUUAGUCAGACGCCAAUUGGGGACUCCGAUCCGUUGAACGGAAUGAAGUACGUAAAGUCGCCGACCCUGCAAACACUGAUUGCGAGUACCGACAGUGCUGGUCGGAUACAUCAUCACGAUGAGGACGAUGAGGAUGAGUUGGAGGAUGGCCAGGAGGUGGCGGAAUCCAGCUCAGCUGUUGUUAUGGUUAUCGAUGAACUGGGCAGCAGCAGCAAUUUGCAGACAACGUAUCAGAUAGUGCCUGAACAACUGCAGUUACAGGAUGGUGCCAGGACGCUCUCCUUACUGCCCAUGCAUCAUGCGGACGAGAGACACGUUAGUCCAGUUGAGUUCGAUGGAUCUGACGACAUAAGUCUGGAUGGGCUAUCAACGCAAAUCAUCGCCGUUAAGCAGGAGCACAAGCUGGUCAUUGUUCAGCGCGAUCCGGAUGCCAAUAGGAUCUUGAAUCGACGCACGAGUCCAACUCUUGGGCUUAAUAUGUCGCAUGUUAAUGUUAUUGAUGAAUUGUCCUCGGAUGGCGGUGUUGAGGAGGUUACCUUAAAUCAGCAUCAUCAACAGCUGCUUGAGGAACAGCAGCAGCAGCAGCAGCAGCAGCAUUACCAGCAUCACCAGCAUCAGCAACAGCAGCAGCAUCACCAGCACCAUCAGCAGCAUCAUCCGCAAUACGGACAACGUCUUGUUAGUGCAUCGGAAUUAAUUCAUCAUCAGCACCAGCAUCAGCAACAGCAACAGCAACAGCAUCAUCAUCAGCAGCAGCAUCAACAGCAACGUCAGCUAGCAUCUGGCCAUGGGCAUAAUAGAGAAUCGCUUUCAGUAAUUGUUCAGGCACACGAUGACGACGAUGAUGACAUUGAUAAUGACGACGAAGAUGUUGAUGAACACGUGUCAGCUGGCCAAUCGCUUAGUCCACCACUGACCGUCGAGCACAGCACGUAUCAAACACUGACUUCAGUCAACAAUCAUCGCAUAUCAGAGCCGAGCUUCAGUCCGACAUCGUAUGCAACGCUGACACCAAUCCAACCACUACCCCCAAUAUCAACAAUGUCCGAUAAAUUCGCUUAUGUGGGUGGUCAUAUCAACUCAAGCAACGGGAAUAGCAAUACCAAUUCAACAAUUAGGUCGAAUAAUAAUAAUAAUAAUAAUAACAGCAAUAGCAAUUCAGAUCAAACAUUUGCUAACAGCUUACCUUUGCCCUUGCCCAUUGAGGCGACACACCAGGGCUCGUUAUCGAACUUGAGCUUAAGUGGUUUGGUCUCAGACGUUCAGUCUCCAUAUUCAAAUUCGUAUGACAAAUUGCCUUCAUUGAUAUCACCUACGCCUCACACCUAUGCCAGCUCCCCGUCACAUGGACUCUCUGGCUUGGUUAACACGUGCGAUCUACAUAAUCAUAGCUCGACAGUGUCCUCUCCAGUGAACGGGUCACCUGCCGGUGGUCCACUGCAGUUGCAUAAAGCAGCAACAACUUCACAAUCACACCUUCAUAACCAACAAGUGACCAUCCAGAAGCAGGUGAUUUGCCUCUCACCAACAACAACAACAACUGGUAUUGCUGAUUAUGAAACAGCGUAUCGUCCUAGCCAGCAACAUGAUCAAGAUCUGCUUAUGUCUAGAAGCGAUGCGACAGAUCGUAGCUCUCAGCUAAGGCUCCAGCAUAGCCCGACACUCAGUUCACAUUCGGUUUCAGCUGGUUCCGUUGUCUCCAUGUCUUUGCACUCACCGGCCUCUGUUGUCACGCUGCCCCAUAUUAAUGGGUCGGUUAAUAACCUAACAGCCGAUUUGCCAGUCGUUGUGAACCUGUCACCAACGCCGACAACAGUUGGGGGCAAUGACAGUUCCAUCGACGAGCUUGUCCAGCAGCAGCUUAAGAGCCAGCACAACAGUAGCGAUUGCCAUGUUGAAAACAAUAUUGUGAAUAGUCUCGAUGUUUGCAAUAUAAAUCAACAGCAACAUCAGCAAAACGGCUUCAUCUCGGAUCAAACGCCACCGCAGCAGCAACAGCAACAACAACCUAAAUUGUCUCCAAAACUAAGUGGAGUUGCCGUUAAUCCAUUGUCCCGCCCGACAACUGCUGUACCGAACGACAUGGAAGAGAUAAAUACCAAGGAGUUGGCUCAACGCAUCUCUGCAGAGCUCAAGCGCUACAGCAUACCUCAAGCGAUAUUUGCCCAGCGUGUGCUAUGUCGAUCACAGGGCACACUAUCCGAUCUGCUGCGCAAUCCGAAACCCUGGUCGAAGCUGAAGUCAGGUCGGGAGACCUUUCGACGCAUGUUCAAAUGGCUGCAAGAGCCCGAAUUUCAGCGUAUGUCUGCACUACGAAUGGCUGCUGCCCAAAUCCCCCAGCGACCCUCAACUGGAGCUGGGGCCGGCUCGGGUAAUAGCAACAUUAUAUUCGCAACAGCAGCGGGUUCUGGUUCGGGUUCUGGUUCGGGUUCGGGUUCGGGAUCGACAAUAGCAUCAGCAACGGGCUCAGUUGCAGUGACGUCAUCGACCACUGUACAUACCAACGCAAGUGCAGAGGCAACGCAUGGGUCAAUCAUUUCGACAAACGCGAUGCUAAGCGGUUCGGCUCUCGGGUCUAACUGCCGGCGCAAGGAAGAACCGCAUAUAGAACAAAUGCCGCAACCGAAAAAGCCCCGUUUAGUUUUUACAGAUCUGCAGCGACGGACACUACAAGCAAUUUUUAAGGAAACCAAGAGGCCUUCAAAGGAGAUGCAAGUGACAAUUGCACGCCAACUGGGAUUGGAGCCGACAACUGUGGGCAACUUUUUUAUGAAUGCGCGACGACGCUCAAUGGAUAAAUGGCGCGAUGAUGAUAACAAGAAUUCACAGCACUCGCAUAGUAGGCAGCAUCAUCAUCAUCAGCAGCAGCAGCAGCAGCAGCAGCAGCAGCAGCAGCAGCAAGAGCAACAGAUUCAGCAUCAGCAGCAGCAUCAGCAACAGCACGACGAAGAGGAGGAGGAGGAGGAGGAGGAGCGAAACAGUGGACACUAUGGCAAUCUACAUACGACAGCGAUGUCGCCGCUGGGUAAUUUUGAUGAUGAUGGAGAAAUGGAUUUGGAGCUGGAACAUCAUGAUUUCCUAGUUGAUGAUCAUGAUGAUGAUGAUCACGAUGAACACGAUGACAUGUUGUGACAUAAUGGAGAAUGUCUCGACGAACAGCUAACAGAAAAUUCCUAUAGACUUGAUACCGUUGUCGAUGCAAAAGACCAUUUCAGAUUCGACAAGAAGAAGAAGAACUCAAUAGGCAGACAGCAGAAUGCUCAUCGCAAGAAAAAAUGCGUUGCCAAUACAAAGUCCGAACAUGAAUCCGACUUCAAUUCGAAUCGACACACAAACUCCUUGACGCCUGAGUGGUCAAUCGAUAGCUUAGGUGUGAUCGAUUGCGUUGAGUACUUCAAUAGACCGAUAGAAGUCGAUGACAGUUUGCUAGCUAGCAUCAAUUCAGGCAAGCGUCUGUCCGUUCGUUUGGGUACGAAAUAUUAUAAAGAUCCAAAUUUACAGCUAAAUGAAUCGUUGGUUCACUAAGCAAAGAGAGAGAAAGAGAGAGAGAGAGAGAGAGAGAGAGAGAGAGAGAGAGAGAGAGAGAGAAUAAGAGAGAGAUAUUGUGUGCUCUAUUGGGCUAACAGAUACUUCAACCAUAUCUGUUUCUAUAUAUUUUGUGCGUUUCAGCUCUUCCAUAAGUAAUGGAACAUAUUUUGUCACAUCAUUUCGUCAACUCCCAAAAUCUCUACCAAAGCGACCCAUUGAGUCAAUUCUGCACGAACACCUACUUUGUACCCGGCUUACAAAAUCCUGUUGGGAAUAUGUGAUUUCAUCUAUUAUCGAACUCUUGUUUCCGGUUCAAAAGAACACAAAAGAUUUAAUUUUUUUUUACUUUUUUAAGGCAUAUUUAAUAUUUGGUUUUUUUUUGUUUCUAUAAUCUAAACAUCAACAGCCGAGUCGAUCAUGGGUUGUUCAUUCGUCCGUUCCUCUGGCUCUAUGUCUGUCCGUCUCUAUAAAUCCGUCAACUAUAGAAGCUAGAGCUAAACUAUAAGUUAAAGAUCAGUAAAGGUGGAGCUGGAUUGAGGUCUAUAGUAUGAGGAACACAUAAGCUAUCCACAUAUUAAGAUUUCGAUUGGUGGGUCAUAUGGGUUAUAAUGACACAUACUUUGCAUUCAUACAGACAUAUAGACAGAUAGACAGGCAGAAGGACGGACGGACGGGUAUUUCUCCAAAACCAAUAUACUCAUUUUGAUUUUGAAAACGAGUAUAAACAUCGAAUCGAAUGGCCCAUACACACAUUUCGGUGUGAUACUCUUAUAAUGAAAACUUACAUUAUGAUCGUACGACUAGAACAUAAGUUCAAUCAGCGUAUGCUUAUGUAUGUAUGUAUGCGUCUGUGUGUAUGUAUGUAUCUAUACAUGUCGGCCAGAUUCGACUUGAUAUAUCUAAAUUACAUAAAAACAGGGGGUUGUUUGUGGGUUUGUGAUAACGCAGGAGGAACACGCAGGAGGAGGAGUGGCAGGACACAUCAUGUAUAUAUUCUCAAUCAGAUCAAUGAGCUGAUUACAUCGAGCCAUAUUAGAUUCUCCGUCUGUUUGUCUGUCCGUCCCAUUUAAUUUCCUGUAAGCUGCUCAUCAAGCAGAGGCCUUCUUAUGUGUUUGUGUGUUCUGGUUAUGUGUAAUGGUUAAAAGUAGCGGAAAAUUAUGGGUUUAUAAGCUGUGCGCAUCUUCUAGUCAGCCUCUCCC